UUAAUUAUUCAUAUUAACAUAAAAUGUUAUAAGAAGCAAUACAUUUUAUUUUAUUUUUAAUUGUCUUGAAGCAGCAGUAUGUUUGAAUAUUUUUCAUAAAAUUAAUCAACGUGCUCUUAUUAUGUUGAUAAUAAGACCUAUGACCAAUGAGUAUAAGGAACUUUGUGUCGACACUGCUGCUGUUACGGCUCGCGGGAGGACCUCCAAUAGCACUCUGUACAACCAUGUCGGCGGGAUACCGAUCGGGAAACAUGCCUGGUGAAGUCUUGUUUCAGUGGUUCUCUUGCUGUGUAAACCAACGUACCCAACAAGGCAAACGCCACGUGAGUCGAGUACGCAUUGACCGAUCUAUGAUUGGAGCACCCACAAAUUUUCGACAUACCGGUCACAUAGGUUCGUCUGAUGUCGAAAUGGGAUCGUCCAGAUUGCAUGCCAUUCACGGACAGAUGCAGUCCAAAGGCGGUUAUGAAGCUACGAUUGAAGCUAAUUGAACUCGCCAGAAAUCAAUCGAUAUGAGAACUGUGAUCGAAAAACUCUUCGUGAACCGAACACAAUAAUGGGACUGUUAUUCCAUAUUUUUCUUACUACAGCCGCCAGUGUGUGGAAGAGAUCCUUCGUCAUAGUUAUAGACUAGUGUUUAUACAUUCUUUAUUAUUAUAAUAAAUAACUAUUAUUUUUUACUUUAUUUUUAAAAUUUUAUUUAAUUCGUCAAGUAUAGUCAUGGCCGCCUUUUAGUUCGCGACCGACAAACUUGAUAGAUGUCUUAUACUAGUCUGGUUUUAUUUAUAUAAAUGUUUUUACUUAUUUUUUUUUUUAUUUGUUUAAAAUAAGUUUCGAAAUUAGUCGUGAUGUCUUAGUAAUCUCUCUUUAGUCUUUACUCUUUACACACGCCAUUUUUUAUGUUACAAUAUUAUGUUCAAUGUUGUUGCCAUUGUGUAAUAAUAAUAAUAAUAAUAUGAUGAUGAGAAUCAAAACGAUUAUAUGAUAAUUUGUACAGUUUAAAACGCCAUACUCAAGAGUACAGCAUUACCUCGAAAACCCCGAUAAACCUAUCAGAAUCUUUAAUAUAAUUUAUAACUACAAGUAUAUUAUAUUCCGUGUACAAGAAGAAAAUACAUUCUGCUAUUUUUAAUAUUACAUACUAUACAAUUUUUAAAUUUUGUGUACCGUUCGUGUUGCCUAAAAGUAUGUAAAAUCGAUACUUUGUGUUUAACUCCUUUCAGUUUAAGCUAGUUUUAAGAUCUGUCUGAUCAGAUAUAUUGCAUUUAAAUUACCGUAUAUGUAUAAUAUAUGUACUAGUUUUAGUAAAAAUGUAAAAUGUUGAAAAUGUAAACACGGACACUGCCUAUAAUAUAUUGUGAGCUCAAAGUGUGUAUGUUCUGCUGUCCAUUUUUAUAUAUUUCAAGUACGUUUAUAAUAUGUUUAUAUUUUAAAACGAAACUGCUAAAGCGUUUCUUAGAAUAUAACAUAACAAUAUGUAACGCACAAUAAACUAUGAAAUUUUUA